GAGCGUUUCAAGCCUAAAGAUGGAAGUUCCCGAGGCAGCCUCUGCACGCGCCUCCGGCAACAACAAUGAUAGCAACAAGUGCCCCGCGGUGCUGUCCCGCGCCGGCGCCGUCGCUAUGUCCGCCGCGUCGUUGCUGUUCGCUUGGCUGGCGGCAGGGACGCUGCGCCGCUGCGGCGCCAUGGGCGAAGAGGAGGUGUUCUCAGGCGUCCUGUGGGGGCUGUCGCCGCUGAUCUGGGCCUACCUCUACUCCUGGACCGCCGCGCUCUCUCGGGGCGCCGGCGGCGGCAGCGGCACCGCCGGAUUUGCGCGCACCGACACCGCGUGCCUGCUCCUCCUCGCCAACGCAAUGGACAGGCUGAUCGCCCCCGUCGCCGGCGCGGCCGCGAUUGUCCUCCCGCCGCUAUACUCGGCCUAUGCCUGCGGGCGCGCCCUCGCCAAACGCCGGCAGCGCGCCGGGACGGAGCGGUGGUCGGCCGCCACGGUGGCGUCCACCCCGACCUACCAGAGCCGCGCGGAGGAGCAGGAGGAGCGAGAGCGCAAGGCCCACUCCGUCUCCUUCUUGGAAACCGUGGCGCUCACCUUCUCCGUGAACGUGGGGUGUAUAUCAUGGAUGUUGCCGGAGACGAAGUGGGAGGCCCCGUCGACGGAGGCCGUCUUCUACCUCGCUGGCCCCUUGAUCCUUGCCGUGCAGCUGAUGCUGAUGCCGCCGUGCAUGUUCGGGAGUCCUGUCCUGGCCAUGGAUGAUGUGCGCGCCGUGGCCGCCGUGGUUGGUGCCGUCGGUUGGCUCGUCGUCGGCACAUCGGUCGUCGGCUCCCUCUUCGGCACCAUCGCCGGGACAGUUGUUGUUUGGAUGGGUGAGUUGGGCAUGGUCGGAUUCCUCGGCUACUUCCUCGCCGUGGAAGCGCACUACGAGCAGCUCAUGGUCAUCGAAAGGAGGAAGCCGCGCAGGGCAAAGGACGCCUCCGGCUUGCUGGACGGACGCGACAGUGGCGACGCCUGUUCAGCUCAUAUCGACAUGUUAAGGGCGUGUUUGAUUGGAGGUGUUAAAGUUUACUAGAUAUUAUAUCAUUUUCUGUUUUAUUUGUUAAUUAGUGUCCGAUCAUAAACUAAAUAGGUUUAAAAGAUUUAUCUUACAUACUCUUUAACUAUG